AUGUCGGCUAAGGUGAAACAAAAAAAACCUGAAAAAUCUGAAUUAAGAUAUCCGACUAUUCAUUUAUUUGAUUAUCAAAGAAAUAAAAAGGAAGGAUUUCCUGAUAAUUCUGUUAAAACAACAAAAUAUUAUUGGUGGAGUUUUAUUCCAGUUUUUUUAUUUAAUCAGUUUAAAUAUUUCAUUAACUUAUUCUUCUUAAUUGUUGCAAUUUUAUCCUGUAUUCCACAGUUAUCAGCAGCAAGUCCAGUUGCUUCAAUAGUACCUGUAUGUAUUAUGUUAGGAUUUUCAUGUAUUAGAGAGUUACUUGAUGAAUUUAGAAAGUUUAGGGCAGACAAAAAAUUAAAUAAAGUAGAAUAUGAUAAAUUACAAACUGAUGGAAAUUUAAUUAAAAUCAAAGCAAGUCAGAUAUAUCCAGGAGAUAUUUUGGUUCUUCCAAAUAACUCAAGAAUUCCAGCUGAUGGUAUUCCAUUACAAACAACAAAUGAAGAUGGUCUUGUAUUUAUUGAAACAUCUGAGUUAGAUGGUGAAAGUAAUCUUAAACAAAGAUUAGUUCCAUCUCAUUUUAUUGAUAAGUCAUACGAAGAUAUUUGUAAAUUAAAAGGAGAUUUUCUUACAACACAACCAGAUCCAAAUUUUGAUCAUUUUGUAGGGACAUUUGAAAUAGAGUCACAGAGUUAUAGUGUGUCAGAAAAAAAUUUUAUUCCAAAUGGAUGUACAAUUAGAAAUACAGAAAAAUUAUUAUUAUUUAUUGUCUAUUGUGGGUUUGAUACUAAAUUAUCAAAAAAUUCAUCAAAACCUAAAAUUAAAUUCAGUCAUACUAAUAGUAAGUUUAAUCGUUUUGUUGCUAUUGCACUAGCAUUUGAUUUUAUUGUUAUAUUAGCAUCAACAGUAUGUUAUUUUACAUAUUCAUAUAUUUAUCGUAAAGGAGAAAAUUGGUAUUUACCAGAUACUGACAAUGUUUGGAAACAAACUGUUCUUCACUUUUUUUCAUUCUUAAAUAUGUUUUCAUUCUUAGUACCAGUUUCAUGUCUCGUUUCAUUAGAAUUCUCUAAAAUGUUUCAAAUGCUUUUUAUGUCAUUUGAUUCGGAUUUAGAAAUUAAUACAUUAAACACUAUUGGAGAAAAUGAAACAAAAGGAUGUAUGCCUUGGACUGGGACAUUAAAUGAUGAAUUAGGAUUAGUUGAAUACGUUCUUUCAGAUAAAACAGGAACAUUAACAGAAAAUGAAAUGAAAUUUAUUAAAUGUUCCAUUGAUGGGUAUAUGUUUGAAGAAACAGGAAAUGGUGUAAUAGCAUAUAAUAUGAAUAAUGAAAAUAUAAAUAAAUUUAAAGCAGAAAGAACAUUAUUUGAAAGUGAUGUUGGAAAUAAUUUUGUUGGGGUUUCUAUUCCUGAAUCACUUAUGUCAAGCGCUAUACCAACAGCAGCACAGUCUUUAUUUAUUUCAAGAAGUAUGACAUAUGAUGGUCUUAGAGAAAAAGGAACAACAACUUUAGUAGAAGAAAGUGAGGAUAAAGAAGUAAAUAUAACAUCGUUUGAUUCUUGGAAUAAACCAAUUAAAAGAAGACCAGUAACAAAGUUUAAUGAAAACAAUGAGCCUUUUAGAAGAAAUAGUUUCUUUCAUGACUCAUAUUUUGGUGUUAAUAUGCCAAGAAAUUCUUUAGAUUCACAACCACAAAUUCCAAUUAUGUUAAUUAAUAAAGACAAUGAAGGUAUUAUAAAUGAAACAUCAAAUCCUAUUUCAACUAUAGAAAAUGAAAAUACUACUCAACCUCAAAACUCCCAAAUAAAUCCCCAUUUAAUUACUGUAAAGAAAAAAAGAUCAAAUGAAUAUCCACAAUAUAAACCAAAUAAAUUAACAUUAACAUUAUUUUCUCAUCCAAUGACUGGGAUAACAUCAGAAAAGAUAUCAAGAAAACAAAGUUUAUCUAAGAAAGAUGAUAAUUCCCAAAUAUUAUUUUGUUCAACAGAAGAUGACAAUAAUUCAAAUAAUAAAAAUGAAAGUAUAUUAAAAAAGAUGGAUGAAUUUAUUCGAUGUAUGGCUAUUUGCCAUGAAGCGGUUUCAAAUAUUCAAGGUAAAAAAAUAACAUUUCAAUCAGGAUCACCAGAUGAAAUUGCUCUUUGUGAAGAAGCAUCACUAAAUGGUUAUAUUUUCACUAAAAGAACACAAAAGUCAAUGUUUUUAGUUAUAGCUGGAGAAGAACAUCAAGUUGAUAUUCAAGCAGUUUUUCCAUUUGAUAGUAACAGAAAAAGAAUGAGUAUUUUAGUGAGGAUGUGGGAUGGCACAUUAGUAUUAUAUUUAAAAGGAGCUGAUAUGACUACAUUACCAUUAAUGAAAACAGGUGAAAAAGUAAAAGAAGCUCAAAUGGAUGUAAAUAAAUUUGCUAGAGAAGGAUAUAGAACAUUAGUUCUUGGAUAUAAAAUAAUUCCUGACUCUGUUUUUAUUGAAUGGAUGAUUAAAUAUGAUAAUGCUAAAUCGCUUAUUGUUGGUAGAGAUGAAGCAGUAAAUGCUGCCAUAAGUGAAAUUGAAAAAGACUUUACAUUACUUGGAGUUUCUGCUGUUGAAGAUAAAUUACAAGAUGGAGUACCUGAAACAAUUCAAUCAUUAAGAAGAGGAGGAAUGAGAAUAUGGAUGAUUACUGGAGAUAAAGUCGAAACAGCAAUAAACAUUGGAUCUACAUGUGGAUUAACACAACAAGAAAAAGUUAUUCACAUGACAACAGAUAAUUGUGUUGAGGUAUUAAAAAAUGGAGUAUUAAAUGAAGACUAUUCAGUUGUCUUUGAUUUUGGAGUAUAUAAUGCAGUUGGAAAAUUAGAUGAUUUUUGGAAUAUAGUACUUGGAGCAAAAGCAGUUAUUUGUUGUAGAGUUACACCACUUAUCAAAGGGGAAAUAAUUAAAAAUGCAAAAAAUAGAACAGGAAAAGUAUGUCUAGGAAUUGGAGAUGGAGGAAAUGAUAUUUCAUUAAUUAAAGAAAGUGAUGUUGGGGUUGGAAUUUUUGGAAAAGAAGGUACACAGGCUGCUCAAACCAGUGAUUAUGCUGUUAGGAAAUUUAGACAUUUACAAAAAUUAAUUUAUUUCCAUGGAAGACAAGCACUUAGAAGAAAUACUUUGAUUGUAAAAUUGUCAUUUUAUAAGAAUGUUGCAUUUAUUUUAAUGCAAUUCUGGUUUGGAAUUCAAAAUGCAUUUAGUGGACAAUCUUUAUAUGAGGAUUUAAUUAUUACUUUAUUUAAUAUGAUUAUGACUUCAAUGCCUCCUGUUUUUAUUGGAGCUUUUGAAAUUGAUAUUCCUUUCUUUUCGGCGAGAGAUUAUCCUGAAGCACAUAAAGAAAUCUUAAAAGGAAAUAAUUUUACUUCAAUUACUUCAUAUAUUUCUUGGCUUGUAUUAGCUGUUUAUCAAAGUGUUAUGUUAUAUCUUCUGUCAAGUUCUGUAAUUAUAACAAAUGACGUAUUUGAUGAACAUGGAAAAACUGGUGGAUAUGGUUGUUUCUCAAUUUUAAUUAGUAUUACUUCAACAUUAACAAUAUUAACAACAAUGGCAUUAUCUAUUAAAAGCUGGAACAUCUUUUUAGUUCUUGGAUUCUUUGUAUCUUUCAUACUUUCUCUUGUUUGUAUUUUACUUGUCUCCUUUGUACCUCAAAUGUCAAAGCGUGGUUUGUCAACAAACGCAUUUUCAAUUAUAUUUUCUCAACCAUCAACAUAUCUUUUUAUUUUACUUUAUGUAAUAUUAGCAAUCACUCCAUUAUUACUUCGUAAUUUCUGUAACAGAGCUAUUGCUCCUAAACAAUAUCAAAUUAUUCAAGAAGUUGUUCAUAAACAUCCACUAACAGAAUAUGGAAAACCUAGAAGGAUUUAUCAAGAAGGAAGUGUUGAGGCACAUGAAUACUUUUCUGAAUUUUGUAAACCAAAAUCACUUGACGAUACAAACAACAAGAGCAAUGAAAUUGAAAUGAAACAACAACCAAAUAAUAUUUCCUUUACUGUUAAUUCUUGUGAUAAAUAA